GGUCAGCAGCCUAUGGGCUACGCGCAGCCAGGGCAGAUGCAGUGGAUGCCCCACCAGCAACCAAUACCCGGCUGUCCACCUGGUCUAGAAUACCUGACCCAGAUUGAUCAGCUUCUGGUCCAUCAACACCUUGAACUCUUCGAGAUUCUGACCAACUACGAAACAAAUAACCGGUACCAAGUGAAGAACAGCCUUGGCCAGCAGAUUUACUUCGCUCAUGAAGAAUCCAACUUCUGCGUGCGGCAGUGCUGUGGAGGCAAGCGUGGAUUUAUGAUGCACAUUACUGACAAUAGUAACCAGGAGGUGCUUCGGUUGAACCGUGAGUUUAAGUGCUGCGGUGGCUGUUGCUGGUGCGCCAAUUGCGACUGCGUGGCCGCAGACAUUUCCGUGGAGGCACCAGCCGGCAACGUCAUCGGUUACGUCAGACAGUCGCAAAGUUGGUGGUAUCCAAACUACGACAUUCUUAACGUGGCAAAAGAGAAGGUUUUGAAGAUUAAAGGUCCCUUCUGGUUCUGCCAGAACGUCUGCUGCACCGAUGAUAUCGACUUCAACGUCAUGAGCCCAGACUUGAGCACGGAGAUGGGUAAACUGAGCAAGCAGUGGGGAGGGAUCAUCAAGGAACAUUACACCAACGCCGACAACUUCGCCAUCUCCUUUCCGAUGGACUUGACUGUAGAGAUGAAGGCUUGCCUUUUAGGAGCUGUUUUCUUGGUUGAUUUUAUGUAUUUUGAGAAGCCCAAGAGUAAGAAUAACCGCUAAACUGGAG